AUGCAUAUAAAAGAAACAUCCUGUAAAUGUAAUGAGUGUGGGAAAGAAUUCAGACAGAAGUCAAAACUUCAUCAACAUCUAAAUGUCCACUCUGGAGAAAAACCCUAUAAAUGUGAUAAGUGUGGUAAAGGAUUCAGAUAUAAGUUAAAGCUUCAUGAACAUCUGAAUUUCCACUCUGGAGAAAAGCCCUAUACAUGUGAUGAAUGUGGGAAAGGAUUCAGACAGAAGUCAAACCUUUAUGAUCAUCUGAAUAUCCACUCUGCUGAAAAGUCCUAUACAUGUGAUGAAUGUGGGAAAGGAUUCAGACAGAAGUCAAGCCUUUAUAAACAUCUGAAUAUCCACUCUGAAGAAAAGCCCUAUAUUUGUGAUGAGUGUGGGAAUGAAUUCAGACAGAAGUCAAACCUUCAUCAACAUUUAAAUGUCCACUCUGGAGAAAAGCCCUAUAAAUGUGAUGAGUGUGGGAAAAGAUUCAGAUAUAAGUUAAACCUUAAUGAACAUCUGAAUAUCCACUCUGGAGAAAAACCCUUUAUAUGUGAUGAGUGUGGGAAAGGAUUCAGACGUAAGUCAAACCUACAUCAACAUCUGAAAGUCCACUCUGGAGAAAAGCCCUAUACAUGUGAUGAAUGUGGGAAAGGAUUCAAACAUAAGUCAAACCUUCAUGAACAUCAGAGAGUCCACACUGGAGAAAAGCUCUUCAUAUGUGAUGAAUGUGGGAAAGGAUUCAGAUGGAAGUCAAGCCUUUAUCAACAUCAUAAAAUUCACAGUAGAGAGAAGCUCUAUGUAUGUGUAGAUAGUGGGAACACAUUCACUCAGGAGAAAUAUCUUCAUGUACAUCAGAGAGGCCACUCUGCAGGAACGCUCUUUAUAUGUGAUGAGUGUGGGAAAGGAUUCAAAUGGAAGUCAAACCUUAAUAAUCAUCAAAAAAUUCACACUAGAGGGAAGUCCUGA